CAGUCUAAUGCUUACAAGAGUUACAAACUUACAACCAGAACUUGUGAAAUGAAAACCCGGAGCGUGUCAUAUUACAAUUACGCUAAACGGAUGUUCCAUCAUAUCGGAGUACAAUAAACUUGAGAAUACUAAAAUUGAUUUAUCACUUCCAAGAGAAUAUGAACAUGGCGCUCUCAACUACCACACCCUAUUUUUCAAUUCAAGCAAAUAAAAUCACAAAUUACACUUCACCAAUCUUCCUCCAAAAACAAGGUCAAAUCUCUAUUAUCAAUGGCUUCUCCCCUUUAUACAAACCCCUCACUCAAUCUAAGCCUUCUUCUCGUCGAACCCUUCUCACUAUUCCCGCCUUUUCUAGCUCCCAAGGAGUUGGGGCACUCGUUGGUAGUGAAAGCAAUCUCUCUUUGUUGGAUAAAGCUCUAGUUUUUGAUUUGAAUGGAAAUGGAAUUCCAAUUUCUGAUUUAUGGAAGGAUAGGAAAGCUGUGGUUGCUUUUGCUCGGCAUUUUGGAUGUGUGUUUUGCCGCAAGCGGGCAGAUUAUCUUGCUUCCAAGAAGAGAUCCAGAAGUUGCAAUACCAUAUGUUUUGCUAAACCAAAUGCCAGUUGGAGUGAAUUUGUUGGUAAAUUUUCAAUUUCAUCAGCUCAAACUCGAACAAUCAAUCAGAGUGGUAAUACUUGUUCGUGUAGAUGUUGGGUGCUUGAUUCAGAGCUACAGGAGGAAGUGACACCACCGCUUCCUGUAAAAAUAGUGAGCAUUUAUGAAGAUGGCAGCAUCAGUCCUCUUAAAUCUGCUCCUUGGCAAGAUGUUCUGCUUCACACUGCAGAAAGAUUGAAGUGGCUUGAUGAAGAAAUUGAAAUGCUUGUCUUUAGUGAUAGUCUCUGUCAAUCCAGUGAAAGUAUGGCUGAAAACCUUAAGAAGGAGCUUAUGCAUGCUGAUAUACUGUUGGUUGUUUCUGUAACCAAUCAAGAAUCAGUAAAGUGGAUUCAGAAUCAUGCUCACAACGUCCCAAAUGUUAUAUGUUUCGAGUCCUCUACUGUGUUAGUGAAUAAACUAGGAGGCUCCCCUGUUAGCAGUGGAACCGAAGGGAAGAUGCUUGACAUAUUAACAGGCUUUUCAGAAUCUAAGAAAGUGAAUGAGAAAACUGAAGUAGUGAAAACUGUUACUGAAGCUUGGGAACGACAUAAUUCAGAUGACAUUAGAUUUUCCUUAUUGGUCAUAAUCAAUGCUUAUUUAAAGCCAGUUUCUGUUUUGAAGAAUUUGAGAUCAAAGGGGUUUUCUACACUCAGUUGCAUGGUAAAAAACUGCGGACCCCAGAUUCUGAAUUGCUUGUUAGACCCUGCUUGUAGGAAUGCCCUUCAAUGCUUGAAUAAGUGCAGUCCCGUGGACCAGGUAUGCAAUUAUCGCUGCAUUGCUUCGUAUGAAAGUCCACAGCUUGAAGCAUUUUCCCUUUGUGUAUUACAAAAACAUAAUUGUUUGCAACUAGAUGCCAAAAUUCCUGACAAGCCAUACGUACCUCCUAUGGCCAAGUUUCGAGGAUCUGAACUGUGCCACGAGACUGCUGAAGAUCUCUUUGUCGGCUGGCUAGGGAGUAUGGAUUGGAGUUGGCGUGUUGUGGCUGGACAAAAUCCUGCUUAUGAUCAAUUUCCAUGUCAGUACCAACUCUUCUAUAGGGGAAAGGCCAAAGGUUCUUUUUGGUACGAGCCAAUAUUUCAAGUCAAAACCUUGGACGGAAAAAUUGUGUGGAGAAGGAGAAAAUAUCGGGUGAAGAGAGGCCCAGUUCCAGGUAAAUUCUUCUUCAGCGUUUUGGAUAACGGUGUUGUCUCAAAUGAGUCCUGGACAAUUGUGGAUGUUGUUGAUGAUCUUAGCUGGGGAUUGUUUCAUUAUCACGGAGCUGCUCGAGUUGCGGGACAAUCGUACACAGGGGCAGUUCUUGUUAGUCCGGACGGAAGAUUCCCUAGUGAGGCGGAAGGACCUAGAUUAGAUAGUGCUUUAGAUAAGUGCGGUAUCAAAAAGUGGGAGCUAUUUACUGUUGAUAAUUUUUCUUGUCGCAAUCCGCCGCUAGGAAUUCCAGAAGGUUCAAUCUUGCACUGCAACACAAGAAUUGAAGAUCAGAAACAGGCUUGAUAUUAAAAGAUGGGAUUACUUAGGGACUGGGACACCGUUCAGGCGUUCACGACAUAAAAGUUAUUUCGAUAUUUUUCAGAAGGCAAACUAUGAGGCAAAAUCAACAUUGUAUAAAAGUUUGAAGCUUGUAUAGCAUUAAAGUUACCCCCUGCCCCAGGAAUGAUUUAUUCGAGGUUUAGGGUAAUGAGCUGCUGUGUUUUCUUACAAAGCAUCACCGAAAGACAUUUUAGCUUCAGACUUGUUUCUCACAAAUAUUUGGGUUUGGGAUUGAAAGGAGUUGCUAGUAGGAUGUGAUUAUAUUCUUGUAGGGCCCUGUGUUAUUUUUCUUAUCUGUUAUUGUAUCUUUAUGAGGACUUCAUAUCUUCCUAUUAUAUUGUUCUCAACUUUCAGUCACGUGUAACAGUACUUAUUUGAUCUUAAAUAGAUGAUUGAAUAU